AUGGACAAAGAAAUUAUUGACAUUCAUUUAUUUCAUCUAAAAUAAUUGCAUUAUCCUUCAUCAUAAUUAUUAGUUUGUAAAUCAAGUGAUAAUGAAUUAAUGAUAAUAAAUUAAUUAGGUACAAUAGUUGCAUAAUAUAAUCAUACUAAUGAUAUACUUAUGACAGAUAUAUUACAUAAUGUAGAUGAAUUUUAUAUUGGAAUAUAUGAUGCAAAUAGAAAUUUAACAAUUAUCAAUAUGACAAUAAUAGAUAGAAAUAUUAAAGAAUAACCAGUUGAUGAUAUUCGUAGAAUAGAUAAGAAUGGAUUUUAUCAUGAUAUUGAAUUGAUAUGGGCAUCAAGUUUUUAGUUAAAUCAUAAGGCAACUUCUAUUUUAGUUAAUUCAGGAAGAAAUACAAGAGUAUUUUUGGUGGGAGAUGAGAAUGGAGCAAUUUCUUAUUAUUUUUAGAAUGGUACAUUAAAAAAUAAAAAUACAAUAUCAUCAACACCAAUUAUGAAUUUAUUAAGAAGACAUCCACAUAUAAUGUUUUAAACUGUAAAAUUUAUUGGUUUCUUGAAUUCCGUAUCUUUAACUGUAGUAACUCCAAAAUGUGAUUAACCUGCUACUUCUAUAGUUUCAAUAUAUUAAGAGAAUAUUUACAGUUAAAAUAUUUAUGUAUUAUUAUCAAAUUAAGAUAUUUUAAUAUAUCAAAUAAAAUCAGGAAAGCAUCAUGAGUGUUCAAGUAAUUUAAUAUAUAAAUUAAUAUAGUAUCAUAUAAGAUUCCUACUUUAUAAAAAAUAAAGAAUAUUAGAGUAAUUAAUUCAUAUUUAAUUGGAUAUGAUAAAACCUUAUAAAUCUAUAAUACAUCCUUAUAUAAAUCACUUUAUUAGGAUGAAGUUCUCUAUCUAACAUCAUUAGAUGAUAAAAGAUUAUGGUAUCAAUACUAUUCCAUACGAUCCCAUAAAGUAAAUGCAUAAACUAGUAAUGCUUUCGAGUUCUACACAUUGAAUAAUAAAACUACUAUUAGGUAAAUUGAAUUGACUCAUGUACCAAUGCCAUAGAGUUCUUCUUUCUCUUUAAUGGAAUCAUUUAGAUUCCCUAUGAUAUUAGUGGCAAUUUUCAUAGUUUUUAUUUUUUAAUUUUGGUAAAAAAAGAAGAAAACUGAUAAUGAAAGUGAUGAAUUAAGUGCUGAAACUAAAAAGAAAAUAGAUGACAUGGUAAAAUAGUAUAAAAAAUAUGAUAAGCCUGAAUGA